UUUUACAAAAAGAAAAUGACCACAUCCGAACCCCUACGAUUAAUUAACCAAGAAUUCGUCGAUUUAAACGGAUUCCAAUACGACGAAAACGACGACGAUGUUUUUGAAACGAAAACGAGACGAACUUUGGAAGAAAUCGCCGUUAAAAAGAAAAUCGAGGAAAUAAAUGACGCAAUGAGUCAUUUAAAAGAAUUUGGGAAGGUUGAAAGAUCGUUAAAAAUAAGGAACCAUUUGAUUGCAUACGAACCAGUCGAAAUUUCGGUGUUUUUGAAACGAUUUCUUUUGACCCAAUUAAUCCCAUUAAUUUCGGUCGUAUUAAUCGGAAUUUGGCAAAUUUUCCUCUUCGGUUUGGUGGUGUUAUUAUGGAUUUGGGAAGCUCUUAUUUACCCGCACAAGGAUGAGAUUAUCGAAAAGAUCUUAUUCGUCUGUUUGGUUUUGAUAUCGUGGUUUUGGGAACUAUUAAACGCGCCUUUAUACAUAAAAAGUACUAUUACAAAAAAUGAAUGUAUUUGUGCUCCAGUCCAAAAGAGACCAAGUUAUUCGCAAGAUCCAGAUGCGACGAUUACCGUCGAAGAAUGGAGAUUGCAUGGCGUUCAAUCCCCCAUCGAGUUAAAACACGAUGAGACCAACGAAUACGAUGAUUUUGAUCCGUUGUUGUUCCACGGGCAUUGGGAUAAUGAAGGGGAAGCUAUGAUUGUUAAUAAUGGCUAUACAGCUACUAUUACGUUUCAAAAUCGAGCACUUCCUCAAUUAAUCGGCGGGCCCCUUCACAAUGAUAAGUUUGUUUUUGAACAACUCCACUUUCAUUGGAGUGACGAUGAUCAUAGCGGUUGCGAACAUAUUUUCGAGGGAAAAGCAUAUUCAAUGGAAGCUCACGCAGUGCAUUAUAACAGCAAAUAUGGUUCGUUUAAAGAUGCGGUUUCGCAACACGAUGGUUUAGCGGUUGUUGCUUUUUUCCUCCAAGCAACUGAUGAUUUUGAAAAUGCUUGUUUUAAAAAAUUAAGUGAAGCGGUUAAAGAUAUCGUUAAAAUUGAGGCGUCUACUCAAGUUAAAGCAGAUUGUUUUACUUGGAUUAAAGAUGCGGCUCAAUGUAAAGGUUAUUAUACAUACCAAGGUUCUUUAACAACUCAGCCAUAUAACGAGAGUGUCACAUGGAUUAUUUAUCCAAAGCCUAUUCACGUUUCGAGGGAGCAAGUCCAAAAUUUUAGGAAUAUGCAUUCAACUCCUUGUGGGCAAUACAAUAUUGAUAAUAACGUGCGUCCUAUUCAAGUCCCAAAUAAAAAGCUGGAUAUCUUUUAUGCUAGAUCACAUCGAGCGAGCACAGUUUUUUAAUUAAUUCGAAAAUUUCAAAAAAUCGGAUUAUUAUUUGCCUGAUUAAAAAGUAUUAUUUGUUUUUAAGGAAUUAAUUUCUCUUCAUUAAGAGGGAAUGUCGUUUAAGUGUAUUCUUUUCAAAUACACAUAGAUUUUUUAGUGAAAAUAUAAUAUUAAAGUAUUA